AGGCUCUUCGUCAACCUCGAACCGACGAACAAGUAUUCUCCUCAGACCGUCAAUGACCCCGACUCAUAGCCUUUGAAACGAACAACGACUGCAAACCACCCAUACUGCGCGUCCUGCUGGGCGUGUACACCUCAAGACUCGAUCCAACCGAACUUCUCUUUGACCCAUGAUCCGACCGCAAAGACUCGACACACCCCACUCAAUUUUGUGACAGCAAUCCCCUCACACGUUUCCAAUCACUUGCGCUCACAUAUACGAUUACAGUAUCCGCUCUACGAACAAGCUUUGUACUCUGUCAGACUCGUCCGCGCGAUCUUGGCGCUUAACAAUGAAUCAUACAACUUCGAAAUGUGCUGGUGGUAUUGUGCAGUGCGGCGAAGUGAUUUUGGAUGUGCGCAUCACGAGUCAGCGUCCGGCCGCGGGGCGGGAGGCUGAGAGAAAGGUCUGGCCACCCAGGCGAAUGCAACCGCGGUAUCUUCUCCUGCUUGGUCAUUGCUCGUCCACUGAUCAUGCAAAGAGAAGCUCGCGCUGUCAAGAGAGUGCCUUGCUAGGCGCUCUGCUUCGCUACAGAUCUGAUCUCUGAGGGAGAUGUAGGACGCUGGUGUGCGCUGUACGGGAGGUACAUGGUACGCGUAAAGGUCUCGUGAAAAGCCUUUG